AUGUCCUUCACCGGUCUCAUCCAAGACGCCAUCAACAAACACACCGGCGGGUCGCAGAACCCCGGUUACAACAACAAUAACAACCACGACGACGAAUUCAACCCCGCCGUAUCGCACGCCCAAGCCCACCACUCCUCCGAGGAUAGCUCGCUCUUCAACUCCGCCUUAUCCUUCAUCAAUGAGCGCAAAUCCCAGUACGCGAACACAAAUAGCUACGACAUCGAUGAGUCGCAUAUGGUGCAGAGCCAUCAGGCCAUGUACGGCGGCGGCGACCAAGACCGUCGUGCCCACGACGCCGACUCCCUCGGUGCCGGCGCCGCUAUGCAGGCUCUGAAGAUGUUCACCUCCGGCAGCGCUGACUCUAGUGGCGGUGGUGGCACGGAUAAGAAUAAGUUGAUUGGCAUUGCCAUGGCUCAGGCGGGGAAACUCUGGGACGAGAAGAAUUCAAACGGGGGGGUGUCGGGCGAUAAGCAGACUGCUAUUAACAAGGCUGCUGAGAUGGCUCUGAAGAUGUAUCUGAAGGGCCAGGGCAGUGGCUCGACCGGUACCGGCGGGCCCAGUGGCCUGAUGAGUUUGGCGAGCAAGCUUAUGAAGUGA